AUGUCUGCCGAAGUUGCUCAAAAGGUUACAGCCAAGAAUGAUAAUAUCCCAAGCCAAACAUUAGUUACCUCGAGUAUAGUUGUCCCUGCCUCUUCCACGGCAAGACGGUCCUCUCGCUACGAUGAAGAUAACAACCUAAAACGACGGGCAAGCGAAGACGAAGACGCUAACAGAGAUACAGAGGAGAACAAACGGCCACGGUUAGAUAUGAACAAUACAGAAUUAAAGAAACGGAGCCAGAGGAUGUUUGGCUUGAUGAUGGGCACUCUAACUAAAUUCAAAAACGACAUUCAAAACAAAACCGAGGCUUCACUCAAACAAGAAAAGAUAAAUCAGAAAAUACAAGAAAAGCUAAAAAAGGAAAGAGAGGAAUUGGCGGAAAAGAUGAAACGUGAAGAACAAGAGAAAAGGGAAAAGAUUGCACGACAGAAGAAAGAAGACGAAGAACGACGAGUAGCUGAACUGCGCGAAUGUUGGUCGAAACAAAAGAAAAAUCUUGCCAAUUUUCUUUGCACUAAAACAUCCCCUCCACUUUACUAUCUCCCAGCUAAAUUAUCUAGUGCGUCGCUUGAAACAAUUGCAGAACAGAAGCGCCAAUUGGCUCUUGCCUCUUCUGCUUCGGCACAAGUAGAUGAUAAUAAUGUGUCGGAAGAGAAAGAAGCUCAUACUGUAGAUGUAGAAAUGGAAGAAGCUACUGAAGCUGGGAAUGGGAAGAAAGAGAUUAGAUGGUGA